AUGGCUGCCGGAAGGUUACUGCUCUACACGGGCCUCUCGCUAGCGCUCUGCGCCCUCGGCAUGCUGGCUGUGGCCAUCUGCUCCGACCACUGGUACGAGACGGACGCCAGGAAGCACAGGGACAGGUGCAAGGCCUUCAACACUCGCCGAGUGGACCCGGGCUUCAUUUACAACAACAAUAACAACUUGCCUCUCCGGGCCAGCCGCUCGCGCCUGGACCGCUGGGAGGGCAAACUCCUCCGCGCCCGGAAUCGCCGGCAGCUCUUCGCCAUGAGCCCCGCGGACGAGUGCAGCCGGCAGUACAACUCCACCAACAUGGGCCUCUGGAGGAAGUGUCACCGGCAAGGCUUCGACCCCGAGAUCGCAGCCCUCAUCCGGAAAGGAGAACUUGAGCGAUGUACAUACAUCAAGUACCACUACUCCUCAGCAACCAUCCCCAGGAACCUCACGUUCAAUAUCACCAAGACCAUCCGUCAGGACGAGUGGCAUGCCCUGCACCUGCGCAGAAUGACGGCUGGCUUCAUGGGCAUGGCGGUGGCCAUCAUCCUCUUCGGCUGGAUCAUCGGAGUGCUCGGCUGCUGCUGGGACCGAGGCCUUAUGCAGUAUGUGGCAGGGCUUCUCUUCCUCAUGGGAGGAACCUUCUGCAUUAUUUCACUGUGUACCUGUGUGGCCGGGAUCAACUUUGAGCUGUCCCGCUACCCUCGCUACCUGUAUGGACUCCCAGAUGACAUCAGUCAUGGCUAUGGAUGGUCCAUGUUCUGUGCAUGGGGGGGCCUGGGCCUCACGCUGAUCUCGGGAUUCUUCUGUACCUUGGCCCCCUCUGUCCAACCUGUCCCGAGGACCAACUGCCCUAAAUCCAGACCCGAGAACGGGACCGUGUGCUAA